UGUGUGCCUGUCUCUUAUGAAUCUGAAUGAGUGAAAGCAUGCUGUCUGAAAUUACUUGUGACAUUUCCAGGAGCCCUUUUAGCUUCCAUUAGGAACCAGCUUACUGGAACUUUAUAAGUACUGUUUUCUGAAAAUUCCAAGGACUACAAUAACUGGCUAAGUAGAACAUACAUACAUAUGCUGUAUACAUACAUACAUAUACAUUUAUGUAUUCAGUUUUUUUUUUGUUGUUGAAUAAAAAAGCUGAACACGGCAGGCAAGUCUCUCUUGAGUGGAUUACCAGUACCUGUGUGAGAUGUAACCUGAAGCAUUGUCAGACAGCAGGGUGAGAGCUGCUAGCAGGAUAGACGCUGGUCUUGGUCAUCACACCCAUGGAAUACAAUGAUGUGAACCAAUAGCCAGUAUGGAUGAUGCGAUGGAAGUGCGCACUGAUGGCAACUCCCUGCUGAAAGCGGUCUACCUCUGCAGGCUGCGCCUCACCCGGCUGCUCUUGGAAGGGGGCGCUUAUAUAAACGAGAGCAACGAGCGGGGAGAGACCCCUUUAAUGAUUGCCUGCAAAACCAAGCAUGUGGACCAGCAGAGUGUUAGCAAGGUUAAAAUGGUGAAGUACCUCUUGGAGAACAACGCCGACCCCAACAUCCAAGACAAGACGGGGAAGACGGCACUCAUGCAUGCCUGCCUGGAGAGGGCAGGGGUGGAGGUGGUGUCCCUGCUCUUGAAGAGAGGAGCCGAUCCCAGCCUAGACGACCACUCGAGCAGCUCAGCCCUGGUGUACGCUGUCAACUCGGAAGAUAAAGACACCCUGAAGGUCCUCCUAGAUGCCUGCAAGGCUAGGGGUAAAGAGGUCAUUAUCAUCACCACGGACAAGUCGCUAUCAGGGAGGCAGAUGACCAAGCAGUACCUGAAUGUGCCUCCCCCUCCAGACCUCGAUGACAGGCAUUCCCCAAUCCCUUGCAUGUCUCCAUCAGAGAUCGAGCUGAAAACCACCUCUCCAUUAUCCACCUGCACUGACCAGGAACCACACUUGUUCAGCUUCAAAGACCAAGGACCUCAAUCUACCGGUAAAGGUUUGUCACAGCCUGGUUCCCCCACCAGAAAGCCCAGCCCAGCCCGAGGGGUCACCAAGCUGCUCCACCUGCAGCGUCUCCACUCUGAACCCUGGCUGAAGAUCCCCCCAUCCCUCCUACACCAGAACAAAGCCACGUCCUUAAACGAGGACCUGCAGGACAUCACCCCGGAGGAAGAGGUUGACAGGCUACCCUUCCUCAAGCAGCAUGUCACCCGGCACCAGAGCAUCGACGUGAAGGACACCAGUGGCUUGCUGAAGACCUUAGAGCAAGCUCCCGGCGGGGCGGUGCCCAGGAAGAUGUCCUAUGAUGAGAUUUACUCCCACUCCCCGCACGCUGAUGCCUGCCGGAACAGCAGCGCCGUCCCUGUAGACCAGGACCCCGAUUCCAUUCAGAUCCUCGGUGUGUCGAGCCUGAGAAACAUUGUCCAGAGACGCACCAUCGGAGUGGACCACUACAGCUCGGAUUCCCAGCUCCCUGUGUACACCACGCCUGUGGCCAGCGAAGACAGCAAGGGGCUUCUGGAGAAGAAGAAGCUCAUCUCCAUGCGGUCUUCAACCAUGUCCAGCUCGAGGGAGUCUCUGGAGAACAUGUGCGCUGCUUCAGUGAGCAGGAGACACCCUGGGGUGCUGGAGCGCAGGGGGUCGGCGGCCUUGCUUUUAGAUCAUAUUUCUCACACAAGGCCAGGCUACCUCCCUCCUCUCAACCCCCACCCACCAAUCCCAGAUAUCGGGGCCAACAAUAACAAGCCUACUGGGGUCAUCUCCAGUGGCCCCAAACCCCUCAUUCCCACGGCGCCUGCCUUCCCAAAGGAUCUCAAAGCUAAGAAAAUGCUGCUACGGAGACACUCCAUGCAGACUGAACAGAUUAAACAGCUAGUUAAUUUUGAGGAGAUUUUCGGUCAUUAAUUUGUGAAAAUUAAGCCAUUGUCUUUGAUUGUGAAAUCUCAAGUUAACAUACAUUCCAUAGCAAUUUGUGUGCUCUUAUUGAUGCUGUGGUGCAUCUGUUCCUGCUUGCUAUUAAGUAUGACAUGCCAUUUUGUUACAAACAUUGUGCAGGGCCCAAAGAGAAGGUGACCACAUGGCUCUGUGUUCAGUGGGACAGUUCAGGCUUUUCAACUCACAGCCUCAAUGCAUUCUGGUAAGCGUAGUC